GAUACAAAGCACAGAGAAAUCACCAGACAGUCAUCCGAAUCGGAAAGGCUCUCACCGUUUAAGGUAAUGGCUUCUUUAGUCAACACUUUCUACACUUCGAGGUUGUCCUCCAACGCCGGUGCAUUCAACUCACGUCGAAAUUCGCGUCUUGCUGCGAGUCCAAACUGUACUUGUUUCAACAGUAAGUUUGUGGCUCCCAAGCCGCGGGGAAAUGUUAAAGGUCGAAGGCUUGUAGUAAGAGCUACUGAAACUGAUACAGACAAAGUUGGAGCUAAGGCACCAGAUAAGGCACCGGCAGAGAGUGGUGGUUCGAGCAUUAAUCAGAUUCUUGGAAUCAAAGGAGCCAAGCAAGAAACGGAUAAGUGGAAAAUUCGAGUUCAGCUCACCAAGCCUGUUACAUGGCCUCCUCUUGUUUGGGGUGUAGUAUGUGGAGCUGCUGCAUCAGGAAACUUCCACUGGACUCCAGAAGAUGUAGGAAAAUCAAUUGUUUGUAUGCUUAUGGCUGGACCAUUUUUAACUGGGUACACUCAGACAAUAAAUGAUUGGUAUGAUAGAGAGAUCGAUGCCAUUAAUGAACCAUAUCGUCCAAUUCCUUCAGGAGCAAUAUCUGAAGAGGAGGUGAUUACACAAAUAUGGGUGCUGCUCUUGGGAGGCAUUGGCUUAGCUGCUCUAUUAGAUGUGUGGGCAGGGCAUAGUACUCCAGUGAUAUUCUAUCUUGCAAUCGGUGGAUCUUUGUUGUCUUACAUAUAUUCCGCCCCACCUUUAAAGCUCAAACAAAACGGAUGGAUUGGAAAUUUUGCCCUAGGAGCAAGUUACAUAGGUUUGCCAUGGUGGGCUGGCCAAGCUUUGUUUGGAACUCUUACUCCUGACAUAAUUGUUUUAACACUCCUCUACAGUUUAGCUGGUCUGGGUAUAGCAAUUGUAAAUGACUUCAAGAGCAUUGAAGGAGAUCGAAAAAUGGGAUUACAGUCACUUCCUGUGGCUUUUGGUGCUGAGACUGCAAAAUGGAUUUGCGUUGGAGCUAUUGACAUAACUCAGAUAGCUGUGGCAGGUUAUCUAUUAGGGUCUGGGAAACCCUAUUAUGCUUUAGCACUUCUUGGCUUAGUUGUCCCACAAAUAUUUUUCCAGUUCAAGUACUUCCUGAAAGACCCAGUGAAAUAUGAUGUCAAGUAUCAGGCUAGCGCACAACCGUUUCUUAUUCUUGGCUUGUUAGUCACAGCUUUGGGAACUAGCCACUGAUCCUUAUGUUAGAGAACUGCAAAGCUGAAGAUUGAGAAGCUGCAUGGCCCACACAUGGUGCAAAGAUUCGUAUGGGUGCCUUCUCUGUAACUUCCAAAGUGCUUGAACAUAACAAGGUACAUGCUGUGGUUAUCUCUGGCUAUUCUUCUGUCUUGAAUGCAAGGAUAUAUAGCUCUGCCCCAAAGGUUGUGUUAAAAGCUGGCUAAAUCCUCCUUGUCAAAUUUUGAUGAGAAAUAAGUGAUUUAAAAAUGAUUAUUUCGACGAUAGACUCUUUUAUGAUCUAA